UAGUUUAUUUCCGUUCAGUUGAGUUGAAGGAAGGAACGUAUUCUUUUCUACUUUCAGUUGAUUUUUCCUUAAUUUUAUUUGCGUUUGUGUUCUACAUUUUCAUUUUGUACUUCGGUUCCGUUUUUAAUAUGAAAACUAUGCACUGUAUAAAUAUUGAAUAAUAAAGGUUUCGUAAGAAAUUUCUUUUACUUAAUUUGUAUCCAGUUUCUAUUCGGUUUUGUGAAAGCGUUUCUAUAAGAAGAAUCAAUGCUCUAACAGCAACAAUAUGGUUGAGAGUCAACAACAUCAGCAAAACGGCAGUAGCGGUCUUGGGACUGCUACUGGCAGCUGUGGUGGUAGCGGAGUAACAGCAACAACGGCUACAGCUAAUACUGGAAGUAAUAACAACAAUAACAAUAAUACAAGUGCUAACAACAAUAAUAAUAAUGAGGAUAACGACUCUAAAACAAAUUUGAUUGUGAAUUAUUUACCACAGACAAUGUCCCAAGAGGAGAUACGCUCCUUAUUUGUUAGCUUUGGAGAUGUGGAGAGUUGCAAACUGAUUAGAGAUAAAGUUACUGGUCAAAGUCUCGGAUAUGGAUUUGUAAAUUACAUAAAACAAGAAGAUGCUGAGAAGGCAAUAAGCUCACUCAAUGGUUUGCGUUUACAAAAUAAAACAAUUAAAGUUUCAGUAGCCCGUCCUAGCUCAGAAUCAAUUAAGGGUGCAAAUUUAUAUGUGUCUGGUCUUCCCAAAAAUAUGACACAACCAGAACUCGAAGUACUAUUCAGUCCAUAUGGCAAGAUAAUUACCUCAAGAAUAUUAUGCGACAAUAUCACAGGUCUAUCGAAAGGUGUCGGCUUUAUACGUUUCGAUCAACGUCAUGAAGCUGAUCGCGCUAUCAAGGAGUUAAAUGGAACUAUACCAAAAAAUGCCACCGAUCCCAUUAUUGUUAAAUUCGCCAAUAACCCUAGUAAUAAUAAGACCCUACAGCCAUUAGCUGCAUAUUUAACGCCACAGACUGCUAGAGCACGUGGAUUUCCUGCCGCUGCUGCGGCUGUCGGGGCAGCUGCCGCAGCAGCAGCUAUACAUCCUUCGGCAGCAAGUCGUUACAGCUCGGUGAUCUCACGUUACUCGCCUUUGGCUGGGGAUCUUUUGGCUAACACAAUGCUUCCGGGAAAUCCCAUCAGUAGUUCCGGUUGGUGUAUUUUCGUUUACAAUUUGGCACCAGAAACUGAGGAGAAUGUAUUGUGGCAGCUUUUCGGCCCUUUCGGUGCCGUGCAAUCGGUUAAGGUUAUACGCGAUCUGCAAACCAAUAAGUGCAAAGGUUUUGGCUUUGUCACUAUGACCAACUAUGAAGAAGCUGUGGUCGCCAUACAAUCUCUUAAUGGAUAUACAUUGGGCAACCGUGUACUUCAAGUCAGCUUUAAGACGAAUAAAACAAAGCAAACGUAAUUAUUAACGAAAAUAACUGCUGUUAUGAAUGCCACCGCCACCAAUACAGUAAACCUAACUACAACACCGACACCACCCUCCCUGUUCAAUUCCAACACCACCAACAAGAACAAGAACACCACCACCACCACAACCACCACCAGUUUCAGUUUCAACUCCCUUAACAGCACUGAAUUGAUGUUGAUGCAUUUGAAUGGCGGUGGUAGUGGUAGCCGUAAAACGAACAACAACCACACUAACCAAAACAACAAACAUAACACCAACAGCAACAGCAACAUCAAUGCCAACAGCAGUCAGCACAAUAAUAGUAACAGACUACAUCAUCAAAGCCAGCAACACACAAAUCGUAAAACACAACAACCCCCCACGGCGACUACAACAGCAAGAGCCACUGAUUUGCAAUCACUAUUGAAUUUGCCACCACCACAAACUCCACACCAAGCAGCGGCAGCCGCUGUCGCAGCAGCAACUAUUGCAAAUGCAGCUGCAGCCGCAUCGAUUGGUUCAUUUGGUAGCAAUGGUUGUAGUCAGCGAACGGGUACGGUAUCUAUUGCAGGGCGCAGUCCAAUACCUACACCACCUCAGACCCAGGCCCUCAUAAAGACAGCAAGCAAAUUUAUCUACAACAAGCCACGAAAUCACUUUGAGUUAUUACAACAACGUGUGCAAAUGCAACAAGAAUUCGCACAUCUUUUGACGAGUGUUGCUGCGAGCAGUGCUGCUGCAGCUGCAGUACAACAACAAGCACAACAUCAACAGCAGCGUAGUCGGGGUAUAGCGGGAGCAGCAAACAAUAAUUUCGCCAGUACGUCCAGCAGUAAUACUCGGGCCGCGCAAGCAGCAGCAGUAGCUGCAGCAGCAGCAAAAAAUUCACUUUCUUCCCUUCUUCCUUAUUCGAAUUGGUUCUUUUAAGUUACACAUAUGUUAUUUCUAUCGACGUUUCUUUAAUAGUUUUAAGUGCAAAAUGUUAAUUAUUCACAAAUUGAGUUAUUGAAUUUUAAUUACUUAUGUUGCUUUGAUAAUAAGAUGUGUCCGUGCAUCUUCUUGCGCAUUGUUUAGCGGUAAUAUAAUUGCUUCAUUGUUUUCGGGAAUUAACGCUUAGCAAAUAUUUUUCAAGAUGAUAUCAUUAUUGAUAUUUUCGUGCUGAAGUUAGAAUCCUUAUGGUUAAAAGAAUGCAAAUUUUUUAUGUUUACUUAUCAUCAUUAUUAUCCACAGUUUAGGGUUAGGUGAUUUAAAUAAUACUUUUGGCUUUGAAACUGAAUUUUAAUACUAUAUUUAGCGUUUCUUUUAUUUUAUAAUAUUUUGUAAGAAUUGUUAUAUUUGUUUAAUAUGGAAAUACUUACACCGAUUAAAUCGAACAUGAGACAAGGAGCUGGAGAAUAGUGAGCACUUCAAAUUAAUAUUCCAAAAGAAAUAUUUAUCAUGUUUAUCAAGUUUUAUAGUUAUUUAUAUAAACAAAGAUUUCGGAGUUACUUCAGUUUCGUAAAUAAGCUAAUGGUUUCUUAAACUAUUAUUUGCAUAGAUGGAUAUUUUUUUAUUAUGCCAGUUUUUGUUUAUUCUUCCUUUAUACAUAGUAUAACAUGCAUAUAAAUCGAAAAUAUUCAUAAUGUUCAUAAAAUUAAAUUUCUUACCACAAGCAAUGAAUGAAAUUAUCACAUAUUUUUUAGUUGAUUAAUUUUGUAACACGUGACUAUCUGCAAUAUACAAGUGCGCAACUCCAACGGAUUUGUACAUUUCCUCUGAAACUUACAAAUAUCAAAUUCUAGUUUAACAACUUAUAAAUCAGCAUCUAAAAUUUACAAUAUAGUGUUAAUUGUAAUCUGCUUUAAGUAUUUUCGAUUUACAUUGAAUAAGGCCAACCAAAUAAUUCGUAUACAGGUGUUCCUCUUAUAACACGGUUUUUGUUCUCGACAAACCGACAGAUAUCUUGCAGAUAUAAUAAUUGUAAAUUGAAUUCUUUUAAUUAAAAAGGAUUCUAAAAUAUAUAUGCAGAAAGAAGCUUAAUCAUGAACCAGUGGUAGAAAUAUGAUGUCCUUGAAACUGUUUUUAUAAUUGCAAAUUGCCUAAUUGCUUUACAUAAGAAUAUUAUAUGUACGCUUUUUUCAGGUUUUUCAUUUAUGCUUGUCUUUUAACUUUUAUAUUAAUCAAUAUUAAAUGCAAAAACAAUUAUGUAAAAAUUGUGUGAAAUACAAAAUAACGAGAAUAUAAACUAUUUAUGAAUAAAUAAUAGGAAGAACUAUAUAAAUAUUUUUUUACAAUUAUAAAAAUACAUGUUUAUAGAUAAUACAACAAUACCAUUCUUGUUUUUCUAGAUCUUGCGAAGCAUUUUUUACUGAGCUGACAAUAUUUAUAUAUUUUUUUCUGUAAGUAAUUUUAUAGUAAGUACAACAUUUUGGCUACUCACCUUAAUUAUUUGAUAACAUACUGGACUUCUGUACACAUUUGUAAUUAAUAUCGGUUUCUUUUCCGAUAUAUGUUAUUAUACAAAGAUAGAUACACUUCACAUCCGUACAUGCUCAUAUUAUUAAAAAGUAACUAAGUUAAACAACUUAUUAUUUGUCGGAAUUGCGAUUAAGCAAACCAUUAAUUCAUUCUAACGUUCAAACUUAAAUGUGACUAAUUAGAACAAUUAAGAAAAUGUAAUCUUGUUCCAAUUUGGACAAGAUAUGUGAAUACAAAAUACUGGCAGUGAUUAAACUUUCUGUACGAAGAUUUGAAACAAUCCUAAAGUUACUUUUAUUGUAGAUGUAACAGAAAUACAUUAAAUUUUGUUUUUGGAAAAUCGUUUUAACAUUUCUGUACACUUAUUUAAAUUAAUAAGUAAUCGAAUUAGACAUUAAAAAAGAACUAAAAACAUACUUAACUUCGAAUACAACGAAUAAGAUGUUGAGAAUUUAUAAGAAGUUUGAUUUAGAAAACACCGUAUUCAUCUGAAACUCAACGCGAAGAAGCCGACUAAAUAUUUAACUAAUAUAAUAAUAAUAAUGCAAAAUAGCUAAGCUUAACAAUAUUACAAUAAAUACAAACACAAAAAAAGUACACCAUGAAAAAUAAUUUUUUUAGUAGAGAGAAAACAAAUGGAAAAUCGGGAAGCCCAAACAAUAAAUAAAAUAAUUUGAACACUUUUGGAAUUUACUUCUUAAAAAACUAAGUUACAGAAUUUAAUGUGGUAUUCGUCUAAAUAUGAGCAAACCCAAAUAUAGGUGUCGACCUCAUGAACCGUUUAUUACAGCAGCUACGUUUUUGCACUACUAAAAUACAAAACAUAUGUGUUAUGUAUUUUCGCACAUCUGAAUAAUAAAUACAUAAAUCACUAUACAACGCUACGAUCUAUUCAGAUGUAAAAUGCAAUUUUAUAACUCCCUAGUACAAUUCUGGCACAUAAACAGCUUUCGAAUACCAUGAAGACGUACAUUCCAAAAAUAGUCAGCUUACGGCAUUAUCAAUUGUCGGCAUGAUAUUGUUCAAUAUUUUCUACUUUAAUGUUUAAUUAAAACUCUUAAAACAAAUUUUUACAAAUAAAAGGAACAUAAGAAGACCUUUUGAAAAUUAAGCAGAUGACAUUUAAUAUAGGCAAAAAAUCAUUUAGAAUUUCAGUAGUUCAUAAAUUUAUAUCCCAAGCACAUAGAAAAUUUAAAACGUAUCUAUCAAGCUACAUAAAUUAGUCACUCUUAAAAUAUUCAAAUAAUAACUUAAAUCUUCAACGCGGCGUUUUUUACAUACAUAUGUAAGUUAUCAAAACUUUCUUACGACAUUUAAAUACAAAAUAAUAUCUAAUAAAAUGAAGUUACUCUAAGAUAAACAUCAUUAUUUGUUAAAUAUAUACAUAUAUGUAAACCGAGCCUAAUAUUCAGUAUUAAAAGCUUUUUGAUAUCAUAUAUAUACUAUCCUAUUGACGUUGUGUGUUUCAGUGUUCAAAUAUAAAAUUUGUUGAAAUGGUAGCAGGAUAAUAUGCAUGUGCAUGAAUGAAGAUAUCUAAUAUUUCAAAACAUUAUAUGCUAUUGGUAUGCGUAAUUCGUUAGUUUGCAUAAAUAAGCUAGUUACAAUCAAUUGCUCAUAAAUAGUUGUAUGGGUAGGCGAAAAAGCUCCCAUUUUACUUAAUUAAAAUAUGAUGUGCGAAUCUACAUACGUAUAUAUUCAAUAAAAAUCAGCGCAUGCUGAUAUUUAUCAUAUGAAAUAUGAGUUAUUUGAUGAAAAUACGAAAUAAGAAACAACAAAUCGCACAAUAAUCCACGAUACGUACACAUGUAUGUAAAUUAAUGUAUAUGUAUGGAAUUUUCUACUUACUUUUACAAGUUUCUAGAAAUAAAUCGUUAAGAAUAAAAAUAUUAUGAGUAUGAUAAAGUUAAGAAAAAACAAUACCAAAAAGGAUAUUAGAUAAUAUAAACAUAAGCAUAUGCAAAAUAAAAACGUUAACAUAGCAAAAAGUCGCA